UGAAGAACCAAGAAUGUCAAUCACCUGUAUUUUGCAUUAAAGGCGGAGUCAGUCCACCACCAGCUCAUCAGCUCUUGGUACAGGAUGAUUUCUUAUGUGGAGUGUCUGGGAGGUGAAGGGGCGGGGCCAGGCGGGGCGGCUCACUGCUGGAAACCCAGUCCCGAUGAAGAGCGAGAUAAGCUGCUUCCACACAAGAUGGCUGCCCUACAGCCCAAGACUGAUGGCAGCCUGCGGCGCCGGCUGCUCAAGGCCAAAAUGUACCAGCGCCACGAUGCUGUCUGGGGACUGAAUGCAGGUAGCCCCAGUGGGAUGGGCAUGUCUCCAGGUGAAAGAAAGCCCCUCCUACCUCACGGUCAGUGUCCUGGGAACAACCCCUGGUUUCUCCACCAGCAGUUCCCACUGCGACCACACAGUCACGUUUUUCUCGAGCCUGACAGAAAAUUAGUCUUCACUCCAGAAACGCACAAGAAACCCCUCCCAUUGGCUCCACCCUUUCAGAUGUCACGCUCCACCUGCCCCAUACUCACCCAGCAACGGCGAACAACUUUGUGUCCUGUCACUCCAGAGCCCCGCCGCGGCUACUCCCUGCCCCUUACCUCCAUUAGCGCAUCACCACCCCCUCUGAAGGAGCGGAAGCAGCUGCCGCAGUACCACUGGUGGUCCACUGGACGAAGCAUCUUCAGCUUCACGCACCACAAUGUGAAGCACUUGAAACAGGAAGCUACACAAUCCUCACCCCUCAUACAGAAAGCUCUCUCUUUCUCUCUCUCAGGUGACAGGGACAGCAAGUGGUCAGUUCACUACAGUACCCAGACGUCCCACCAGAGGCUGCUGUUUCUUCCCAGGAAGACCAGGUCUGGCAGUGCAGAAGACCUGAAAGGAUACAGUGGAUUGACCAAUCAUGACCACUACAGCCGUCAGCCCCUCCCACAUGACCCUGCUUGUUCCGAUUUCUCUGGCCUCAACCAGUCAGAAGGCAGAACAGGCAGACGGUGGAAGGAUCAAAGCAGGAAGUUUGCUUCCACCUCCUCAGAAGACGAUGAGAAGUUUAUCUGGAACAAAAUGAGACCUCUGACUCCGCUGGUCCUGAAUCCUGUCCACCUCACUUCCUGCUGGGACGUCACAGACCUGACCGCAGGUCCAUUGGUUGCCAUGGAGUCAGAGGCCCCGCCUCCCCGGCUUCCGACACCGGAGGAGAGAAUGAGGCAACACGCCGACGCUGUCACAGCCGACGUCGUCCCGAUCAAUAUCACAGGUGAGAGUUUUGAUCGUCAGGCCAGUUGUCGGCGAGGGGUCACCAACACUGACACGCUGACUCAACCAUCCUGUAACCUGAACCGCUGCACCACCAUUACCGGAAUGCCUGAUGAUGUCAGCAAGAAGAUGGACUUAGCCUCUGUGUUUCUUCCAGGUCUGUUUCGCGCUCUGGGUCAACCCACUUCGCCAUCUCUGCUCCAACAGAAGACACCUGAGGUGAAGCGAAGGGAGAAGGGAGGAGUGAGGAAAGAGGUGGACUUAUCAGCAAGAAGGAUCCGAGCCCCAAAAGGAGAGGGGAUCUCCAGUCUCAUGGCCUCUCUGACCACUUCGCCCCGUAUCAGCUGCUCCUCCUGCUCACCCUCCUUGGAGCUCUCCACCCCUUCCCAUGUGGACACUGAGUCCUUCAUGAGUUCAGGGUCUAGCUCUAACAGCAUUUCUUGCAGGAUGGUCAACUACUCUUCACCAUCUUUUCAGGAUCUACAAGGUUUCCCCAGUGAUCUACAACCCCUGCUGCCCUCUGACCCCAACUGCAGAAUCACACCUCACUCUCUUCAAUCCUCCUCCUCUUGUUUCCCUUCUUCUCCAGUCACCUCCUCUCCCUCAGGCAACCCUGGCUGUGUGCUGCAGUCAGAUCAGUCCUACCCCAGUGAUACGUCCUUGGAUGAGGCUGUCCGCUCUCUCAGCUCUCCUUCAUCACCCCGUUGCCUCUCCUCUUCUUCCAUUGCAGAAUCUCAGUUUAGCUACCAGGUUCUGGAUGAUGAUGAGCUCUGGAGCUACAAUACUCUCAGCCCCAGCUCCAGUGUUCACAUCAGCCAGAGAGGAAGCAGUUGGAGCUGCAAACCUCUUAUCUCUUCCAGUUCCUCUUCCCCAUCUCAUACUGCCUGUAGCUCCCGAUGUUCAGGAGACUUGGCCUCUGUAAUCCUGAACAAACGGCCAGUAUCCACCACUUACUCGUCCUACUCUCACAUCUUCUCUCUACGCAAGUCAAUGCAUCCACCCCCACCUCCACUGCGUUCCGACUCUUUGAGGCAACAUUCGGAUGGUAGCAAGCCCUAUUGCUACUCCUCCAGCUCCCUCCAGGACUGUAGCACCCAGAAAGCUGUUAGUUCUGUGUCUCAGAGUGUCCAGGAUCCCUGGGUGCUUAGGAACGAGAGCAAGAGAUGCCAGAGUGGGUUCAACUGUGGAACAGUCACAACCUUUGAACCUUUAAGCCCAAAAUGUCAAGCAGUGGCAUUAGUUAACUCUGGAGGUAGCAAACCGUGUCAGGACACCAGGUCCCAGGACUCAAAUGAGUCCUCAAGCUUUGAGGAGGAACCUCAGUUGGCUAUGUUGUCUCUAUCUGGCUUUGCUUCACCAUCCAGUGGCUACUCCAGCCAAUCCAACUCCCCAACCCAAGGAACUCCUCUCACCUCCCCUCUCCCAACGAGCCCUGAAACGAGCUCUCUUUCCUUGACCCUUUGUCUUUCUGACCCCUCCCUGCUCAGAGUGACGUCUCGGGUGAAUGCGAGGGUAAAGCCACCAGUACCACAGAGGAAGUCAUCCCUCCUCUCCUCAUCUUUCUCUUCCACCUCCUCACUCUCCUCCUGCGCCUCCUUAGAGUCAUCUGCCAAGCACCCUCCUGCUCCUCCUCGACCAGAGUAUUUUCCUUUGCUUCCUGUGUUAAAUGAAUCUGUUCUUCCAGCUGCUCCUCUCCCUGAGUCUUUUCUGUCUUCUCCAUCCUUUAAUAAGUUGUCUUUCGUCCCAUCUCUUCCUCCUCCUCCUCCUCCACCCCCUCUUGCUCCUCAUCUUCCACCUUCAUCUCUCCCUGUUCCUUCUUCCCUUCCUCCUUCCUACAGGUCUCCUCCUCCACACUGUUCCUGCACCACGUCCACCCUGACUUCAGCCAGCUCACCUCCUCCACCACGUUCUGCUCCUGCUCUCCUGUCAGAAUUCUCAGAAUUGCCAACCACUGUUCCUCCAUCUCCAGCUCCAGCUGCCCACACCUGCCCUGCCUCCUCUCCCCUGUCCUCAGUGCUUGACAAACCUCCUACACUCCUGCAGUCAGCUACGCCCCUCUGCCCUCUGGUGACUGCCCAAGCUCUGCAGCAGGUCAAGCUUCGGUCGGUCAAGACCCAGGAAGGACUGCUCACGAGCAUGAUGCUAACAAAUGCUGUAUCUACUGAACCUACUGACCAAUCCACAGCUGGCACAUCAGCUAAUGCUAAUCAGGAUCUGCCAGUUAAAGAAUCACGUAUAGAAAACACGGUUCUGUCCAGUGUUGAUGGCUCGGCUAACAUGGACGUUAAGCUCAGAGGACCUGUGGCCGAAGUCCUCAUUGCUGAUCUUGGUUUGAAUGAGUUUAAUGGAGUGAGGUUUCACAGCCCGACUAGAACUAACGUAACAGAACCAAGACCCGAGUUCUAUCAUGAUAACUAUUUCUUAGUAAAACAUGAGGCGGUGAUGGCCACCAAUGAGUCAGCUAGUUUUCAGAGUUUAGAAGGCAUCAUGGCUCACCAAGAAAGGUCUGGAUCUCAGACAGUCUGUCACAAAACAACCCCAGGCCGGCGGAGGGAAGAGUUCGACUGGUGUGUUCUGCUAAAAAAGAGCCAGUCUUCCAGUCAUGAGAUGGUUAAUGUGCCUGUUGGGACUGAUGAUAACCACAUGAUCACACAGUAUCCUCCCCUGACACAACAGAUCAGUCACACCGCUUCUGAGGAUACAAAGGAAAGUGAGGCCUUUGGUAAAAACAUCGGGCCUGCUAGCGAGGAGUCUUCCUCAUAUUUGAGCUUGUCAGACAAAAAUGAAGAAGCAGUGAAAAGCAAAGAAACCAAAACGCUGUCUGACAGCAGAGACCAAAUCGAGACAGAAAAAGAUCAUUCAGAAAUACUGAGUCCAGCUGAGGACAAGUCAACAGCAUACAUCGAUUUCAAAGAGUUUAAAAGUGUCUUUGAGUCAGGAACACCAGAAAAGAACAUCCCUCCAAAGAGACCUGUCCCACCCAAGAAGCCUGAUCUGUGCAUUCUGGGUUUCACAACAUCCUGUAAGACCCAACCAGGACAAGGUGGGCUGACGAGCAGUGGACAGAUGUCUUCUCCUGAGAUCAUUGGUCCAUCAUCUGACUGCUCCCUUCUGAUUUUACACAAGAAGCCAGAUCGCUCAUCUAUAGUGUCUAAAAGUGUGAGCCAGCCUUUCAAGAGGAAGCUGGGAACAUCCAGAAACUUAGAGCUCUCUGGCACCUCAUGGACCGAGUACACCACAGGCUCCUGUACCAUCUCUGCCGCCUGUGGUACCCCAGGAAUCAUGGGUAAUGUACAAGCCUCAUGUCCACCAGGGUUGAGUGUCACUGCCAGUGAUGCCAUGGGACACAUGGGGAGAGUCAGUGUUUCAGGAGCCUUGAGAACCUCGCCAACCUCUGAGAUUUCAGGGCCCCACAGAGGUUCUUCCAACUACACUGGAACCACGCAGCCGUACCAUGCUUCAGUCACCAGGAGUGAACUUCAGGCUGAGGAAAAAAUGCUUAAUAAGAGGAUAAUGAGGUCAUCACUGGCUGAAGAUGAAAAGGACAAUGAGGAAGGAGUGGAGGAGAGCGAGUCUAAAAGGACAAUGAUGACGUCAUCCACCAAGAAAAAUGACAAAGUACAAAAAGGGAGGAGGAGGAACAGACAACUGCUGAUGGCAUCAUUGCCCAAUGAACCCUUCCCUUCAUCAUCAUCAUUAACGUCAUCAUCUGGGGAUGAAGAAAAUGUGGAGAAAGCAGGAGUUCAUGGGAAAGAGAAAGUGUUGGAGGUGAGCGAGGAAGACAGCUGUCAGUCUGGGGGGUCUUGUGAUCUGAUUGGUCAGAGCAAGUUUUCCCUCAGAGGUGCAUUGUCUGCUGAGAGCCUACAGGGGGAGUUCUUGCUUCCAGAACUCCUGAUAGAGGAACGAGAAGAGGAGGAGAAGCGAACACAGAAACAUAUAAAGGAGGCCGCAGAAUCUUCAGCUGAUCUGUUCAUCAGCGUUUCAGCGGAACAGAUGUUCAGUCAGACGUCCAGACAACCGCGAUCCACCAAGGAGCUGUUCAUCGCCAUCCACAGGUCAAAGAGGAAGAUGCUGCUCAGAAAGGAUUCAGAAGAAGGAAAACAUCACGUCCCCUUGUGUCCUCUGAGGACCGUGAAGCCAUCGUGCAGUUUGUUCCAACCCCUCCGAGGUCAAAGGUUAGGGCGCACGGAAAGCUUCAAGGCUCUUCUCCUCAGGAAGGGACGUUGGUCUGCUGCCUCUUCUCGAGUCUCAGCUGUUGAGAGACUUUGCAAAGUUGCUGCUUUGAGUGCGGGUACCAGCCCAGAGGUUCAGAGCGCCCCGUCACCAUCGACCACCCGACCCAAUGCCAACCACACGAGUUCAAGCUGUACCUCAGACAUGCAUGACGUCAUGGCCCACAUGACUGUGGAUGUCCUGGUGCCUCCCUGUAGUCCAGCUGUCUCCGUGGAGUUUGGAUGGACGCAGGCUGAUUCACUGAUCCGCACCUCCUCCUCCAUCCAGCCGGGUUCCCUCGUUCCUCCGUGUUUAGCCAAUCGGCGCUUUGGUGCUCGACGCCAUCUCAUGGCCACCACAAUGACUGCCAUCUUAGAGGGAGAAGAAGGAUCCAGCCAGAGAGCGGUGGGGACCUCUUACCAGAUGAGCCAGAGGAGUCCAUCCAUCAGUACCAGGAUGUCGGACAACUUCAGUGCUCCUGAAGAACUUCUGAAGGUCUUUCUCAAAGACAGUUAA